AUGUUCGUUGUACGAAACUUGUUAGCUGUUAAGAUAUUCAGAAUUAGUUCAAUGCGUCAGUUGGGAGAAAUUUCAGUAAAAAUGAACGGUGUUGCAUCAUCUCCCGGAAGCAACGUUAUCAAAUGCAAUGACAAAAAGGCUAUUCGCCAGGCUGCUAACCUGCUCGAAUGUGGUCAGGUCAUUGCACUUCCCACGGAUACGGUUUAUGGGUUGGCGUGUAGCGCAAAUAAUCCUGAAGCCAUUCAGCGACUUUACGCCAUUAAGGGUCGUGCUGAAACGAAGCCAGUAGCGAUUUGUGUGGCCGAGUAUGAUGAUUUACGCCAUUGGGGACAGGCAGAUCAUUUGCCAGAUGCUUUGCUGCAGCAGCUGCUUCCUGGGCCGGUGACGAUUGUAGUGCACAAGUCGGUCCAUCUAGAUAAUCCUUUUCUGAAUCCAGGAAUAGUCAAAAUUGGUAUCCGCAUUCCGGAUUUUGAAUUUAUUCGACAGGUAUCGAGGAACUUUCGGGAUGGCCCGGUUGCGCUGACGAGUGCCAACAAAAGCUCGGAACCGAGCACUUUGAAUGUUCGGGAAUUUGAAAAGCUGUGGCCCAUUUUGGGAAGCGUAUUCGAUGGUGGUCAGUUGGGAUUGAUCGAGGAACAGCGGGCCGCUUCUACGGUGAUUGAUCUGUCCGAGAAGGGCUGGUAUAAAAUAAUCAGGAAAGGCGUUGCUGCAGAACAUACCGCUAGGGUAGUACAGAGAUUUGGCUUUGUAGAAAGGGAUUAGCAUUGUUGAUUUACAGUUACGAAAUAAAAUGGAAAACGUGA